CGCUUUUGUUCCAACACCGGCUGAGCGAGUGAAUAUGUGUGCAUCGUGUUUAAUUUAUACAUAUGAUAAGCACACACAAAAUAUCGAGCAAUAAUCUUUUUCCACCAUAGAGUAGCCCUACGAAUCGCGGUUUUAACAUAACGAAUACGACUAAUAAUGCCGUUGCAAGUUCACGACGUUCAGCAAAAUGUCGUGGAACCAAUGCAGGUUGAUGCUCCUGCAGAGGAUAAUGAUAAUGCUGAGGAAGAACCGUAUAUAGUAGAAAAUCCGACGUUGGAUUUAGAGGUAUACGCCAACAGUUAUACCGGACUUGCAAAAUUGCAUAGACUUGUAUAUAUCGCCGAUCAUUGUCCAUCGUUGAGAAUAGAAGCAUUGAAAAUGGCAAUUACUUAUGUGAUGACCACAUAUAACGUUUCGCUUUAUAUAAUGCUACAUAAGAAGCUCGUUGAAGCUAUGGGCACCCCAGGAUUACCGGAUGUGGCGGCGCAGUCUACUUCACAAGACGUGUUAACGAUGGAUCAAACAUGGGUAGAGACUCGAUCUAAGAAAGCUGCUCUGAAAUUAGAGAAAUUUGAUACCGAUUUGAAAAAUUACAAGAGCAAUUCUAUCAAGGAGAGCAUACGAAGAGGCCACGACGAUUUGGGAGAUCAUUACUUGAAUUGCGGUGAUCUUGUUCACGCCUUGAAAUGCUAUUCCAGAGCACGAGAUUACUGUACUAGCGGCAAACAUGUUGUGAACAUGUGUUUAAACGUAAUCAAGGUCUCUGUAUAUUUACAAAAUUGGUCGCAUGUACUUAGUUAUGUUACCAAGGCUGAAGGUACACCAGACUUUCCAGAAUUGCAUGGUAAAGAUAACAAUCAGGCCAUAAUUACAAAAUUAAAAGUAGCAGCAGGUUUGGCAGAAUUGGCAACAAGAAAAUAUAAGAUGGCUGCGAAACAUUUUUUACAAGCAUCCUUAGAUCAUUGCGAUUGCCCCGAGUUAUUGUCUCCCGGAAAUGUGGCUCUCUACGGAGGACUUUGUGCUUUAGCUACCUUUGACAGACACGAACUGCAAAAACAAGUUAUAUUUAGUAGUUCCUUCAAAUUAUUUCUAGAGUUAGAACCGCAACUUCGAGAUAUAAUUUUCAAAUUUUAUGAAUCAAAGUAUGCAUCUUGUUUGAAAUUACUUGAUGAGAUAAAGGAUAAUAUUCUUUUGGAUAUGUACAUAGCACCUCACGUAAAUCUGUUGUACACGCAAAUUCGAAAUAGGGCCUUGAUACAAUACUUUAGUCCUUACUUAAGCGCAGAUAUGAGAAGAAUGGCAACUGCAUUCAAUAGAACAGUAUCUGAAUUGGAAGAUGAGCUCAUGCAACUUAUUCUCGAUGGUCAGAUCCAGGCUCGUAUAGAUUCGCACAAUAAGAUUUUAUAUGCAAAAGACGUCGAUCAACGUAGCACCACUUUCGAAAAGUCUAUGAGCGUUGGAAAAGAUUAUCAGAGGCGUACGCGUAUGUUGAUCUUAAGAGCCGCAAUGUUGAAACAACAAAUUCAUGUAAAGAGUCCUCAACGCGACAGUACACAAGGAGGCGAGAUGUCGGUAGCACCUGGAAAUGGCACUUUAGCAGCAAAAAAUUAAAACAUGUUUGAUAUCUUGUGUUCUGGAAAAAAGAAAAAAAUUAUAUUUAUGCGUGUUAAUUGGCACGAUCAUCUAAGCAUGAGAUAAGGUUUCAUCUCUGCAUCCGUCAUGUUAUUUACAUUAUUUCCGAAGUCUACGUUCUGUACCUCAUUUUCAACAUAUAAUAUAUGGCAUGUAUAUAAUAUUGCUACACAUUGUGUUUAUAAAAAACAAA